AUGGUGAAGGGUGCCCCGGGCGAGGCCAGAACCAACGUGACAUGUACGAUGACAGCGCGCCAGCGCCACGCCCACAUGCCACAAUCCACAUCCCGGGGACCGCCCGGCGUCGGCGUCGAAGCCAGCCAGGCCAUCGAGGCUUCGCAAACCUCGUCCGUCCACCGGGGCGACAUGUCCAGACUCUCGCAUGCCCUCACGACCACCAGGUCAGGCCUCCCUGGUCCUGACGCGCACUAG